AUGUACCGACAAAUUUGGGUAGAUCCCCGCGAUCGCGACUUUCAAAGAAUCGUUUGGAGGCCUAAUGAGAGUGCCGACAUUCUCGACUACCAACUUAAUACAGUAACGUACGGAAUGGUCUCCGCUCCAUAUCUCGCGCUCUGCGUUCUUAAACAGCUCGCAACGGAUGAAGGCGAGCCAUUUCCUAUUGCUGUUUCGAUUCUUAGGGAUAAUAUUUACGUCGACGACGUUCUAUUCGGUGCUCACACCAUUUCGCAAAUUCAAACAGCUCGCAAACAACUUUGCGAGCUUCUGUCUCGCGGAGGAUUUACAUUGCGAAAAUGGGCGAGCAAUCGGGCGGAGUUACUCUCCGAUAUUCCGUCUGAGGACCACGGUUUAGCGUGUCACCGUGAUCUUCAGUUGGACGAAAACGUCAAGAUUCUAG